UCAAAAACACUUUGAAAUGUGAUGUUUGGAGAAACGGAACGAUGCUGAGCAGGAGCAGUCAGGGUGUCAAAAACACUUUGAAAUGUGAUGUUUGGCGAAACGGAACGAUGCUGAGCAGGAGCAGUCAGGAUGUCAAAAACACUUUGAAAUGUGAUGUUCGGCAAAACAUGGAGAAACGUCAUAAUCUGAAGUCAAAUUGGUAAAACAACGAGAUCUUGUACACACACACAAGAUGGUCUAUCCAUACUGGAAUUCAAAACUCAUUAUACCAUGUGAUUCUUGAAUAUUAGUUUCUGAUUGACUUGAAGGGCAUUCUGGAGUGUGCAUUAUUUCCCAACGGUAUAUCUGCACGGUAGAAUUCAAUGGCUAUAGUUCAUUCUUACAUGUUCUAUCUUUAAGCAAAAGUUGAAUUGAAAACAUUAUUGACAUUGUUGAAUUGGAUUUUCAUAAAAACAAGCUAGGACAGAUGGUUUGGUUAGUUAAACUAGGAAGUCUGUUUGUUUGGUUACCAAGCCAACUACCUAGUAAACUGUCUAGCCACUUCAAUAGAUGUUGAACACAAUUCUACCGGCAAAUAAACACAGUUCUAGCAGCAAAUGUGUUAAAUUAUAGCCAUGAUAUGAAAGAGAUAAUCACCUCAGGGCUCUUUGCGUUCUCUGGAAAAUCAUGCAACUUCAUGGAAGGAUAGUUCCACUCCGCUAGUUGUACUUUUGACUCAUCUGUCCAUAGAACAUUCUUACAAGAUUCUUGAGGAUCAUCCAGCAGCUUCCAGGUGCUUUUUGGCAAACUUGAGUCAACUUUCUGGAUGAGAUGGGUCCCAUUAUGUCUGGUCGAAAACCAAACAACUGCAUUCCACAGUAAGAAUCUCAUACCAACGGUCAAGCAUGGUGGGGGUAGUGUGAUGGUUUGGGGAUGCUUUUCUGCCUCAGACCAUGGACGACUUGCCUUAAUAGAAGGAACCAUGAAUUGUGCUCUGUGUCAGAGAAUUCUACAGGAGAAUAUCAGGCCAUCCGUCUGUGAGCUGAAGUGCAGCUGGGUCCUGCAGCAAGACAAUGAUUCUAAACACACAAUCAAGUCUUCAUGGAAAAUGGUUCAAAAGCAACCAAUUUGAAGUUUUGGGAAUGUUCUAGUCAAAGUCCAGACCUAAUCCCAAUUGAGAUGUUGCAGCAGGACUUGAAACAUGCAGUUUAUGCUUGAUAAUCCACAAAUGUCGCUGAGUUAAAGCAGUUCUGCAUGGAAGAGUGGGCCAAAAUUCCUCCACAGUGAUGUGAGAGACUGAUCAACAACUACAGGAAGCAUUUGGUUGCAGUCAUUGCAUAUGAAGGUGACACAACCAGUUAUUGUGUGUUAGGGGGAAAUGACUUCCUCACACAGGAGAAUUAUUAAAUUUAAAAAAUAUUUUUUGUUGUUAUUUAUAAACUCAGGUUCCCUUUAUUUAAUAUUCGUUUUGAUCUGAUUCACUAUAAAAAAAAAUGCAAAAAUUGAGAAAAUCAGAAAGGGGCUAAAUACUUUUUCAACGCACUGUUUGUGUCUUGUGUUCUUUCUAUGGAGGUGGAAGGAAGUUUAAUAAACACCAAUCAAUCUUCCAAGCGUUUUAUAAAUGCUUUUUAGAAUCCAUAUUAGGUUUUAAUAUUUUGUGUUGGUUUGGUGCUCUAGGGAACACAAGUUAGAACCAAUUGGACAGGGUAUUAAGAAUCAGUAGGAAGAUCAUUGGAGCAAGCCAGGAACCCCUCAGUGACAUUUACAAAAAACGAGUGAGGAAGAAGGGGGGAACAAAUAGCGUUUGACAUAACACACACACACAGAAUAACCAGGUAUAGACCAGCAGAGCCCCCUACCCUCCAGGCUCAGGUAUAAAGAUCUCCCAUUCAAAUCGAAGAGAGCAGCAUCUCGAUUUGUGCCAACAUCCAUUAAACUACUUAACUCUAUUGAAGUUUGUAUUUGUAUUUGUAUAUAUGUGGAUAUACCCUGGGAGAACAUAGAAUGUGUCUAAUCCUUUAUACUGUAGCCUACAUGUUUUUGUGUUCUAUGUUGUUAUAUGUCUUGUUCGUACCAAUUGAAUUGAAUACUCACACACUCCAGUACAUGCCGUAUACUGCACAACACAUAAAUACAGUGCCUUCAGAAGGUAUUCAUACAGUGCCUUCAGAAGGUAUUCAUAUCCCUUGAGUAUUUCACACAAUACUCCAUAAUGCCAAAGUGAAAACAUGUGUUUCGAUAUUUUUUGCUAAUUUCUUGAUGAAAUACAGAAAUAUCUAAUGUACAUGCUGUAAGUAUUCACACCCUUGAGUCAUUUACUUUGUAGAAGCACCUUUGAGUCUUUUUGGGUACGUCUCUAAGAGGUUUGCACACCAGGAUUGUAUAUUAUUUGCCCAUUACUCUUUUUAAAAGUCUACAAGCUCUGUCAAGUUGAUUGUUGAUCAUUGCUAGACAGCCAUUUUCAAGUCUUGCCAUAGAUUUUCAAGACGAUUUAAGUCAAAAAUGUAACUAGGCCACUCAGGAACAUUCAAUGUUGUCUUGAUAAGCAACUCCAGUGUAGAUUUGGCCUUGUGAUUUAGGUUAUUGUCCUGCUGAAAGAUGAAUUUUUCUUCCAGUGUCUGGUGGAAAGCAGACUGAACUAGGUUUUUCUCUAGGGUUGUGCCUGUUUGUAUAGCUGUAUUCCAUUUUCUUUAUCCCAAAGAACUCCCUAUUCCUUUCCCAUGACAAGCGUACCUAUAACAGGAUGCAGCCACCACCAUGCUUGAAAAUUCCAUGCUUGAGUGGUAUUCAGUGAUGUGUUGUGUUUGAUUUUCCCAAAACAUAACACUUUUUUAUUUAGAACAAAGUUCAUUUCUUUGCCACAUUUUUUUACAGUAUUACUUAAGUGCCUUGUUGCAAACAGGAUGCAUGUUUUUGAAUAUUUUUAUUCUGUACAGGCUUCCUUCUUUUCACUCUGUCAUUUAGGUUAGUAUUGUGGAGUAACUACAACAUUGUUGAUCCAUCCUCAGUUUUCUCCUAUCACAAUCAUUCAACUUUGUAACUGUUUUAAAAUCACAAUUGGGCUCAUGGUGAAAUCCCUGAGCGGUUUCCUUCCUCUCCUGCAACUGAGUUAAGAUGGACACCUGUAACUUUGUAGUGACUGGGUGUAUUGAUACACCAUCCAAAUUGUAAUGAAUAACUUCACCAUGCUCAAAGGGAUGUUCAAUGUCUGCCUUUAACAUUUUUACCCAUCUACCAAUCAGUGCCCUUCUUUGAAGGCAUUGAAAAACCUCCCUGGUAUUUGCAGUUGAAUCUGUGUUUGGAACUCACUGCUUGAUUGAGGGACCUUACAGAUAAUUGUAUGUGUGGGGUACAGAGAUGGGGUACUCAUUAAAAAUUCAUUUUAACCACUAUUAUUGAACACAGAAUGAGUCCUAUUUAUUAUUUAUGUAGGCUUACCAUAACAAAGGGAAUUAAUACUAAUGGACUCAAUACAUUUCAGCAUUACAUUUAACUUUAAAUUUUGAAAAUGUUCAAAAAUAUUAUAAUCCGUUUUGUGUUGAUCAGUGACACCAAAUCUAAAUUUAAUUUGUUUUAAAUUCAGGCUGUAACACAUCAACAUAUGGAAAGGGUAAAGGGGUGUGAAUACCUUCUGAAGGCACUGUAAGCGCGUACACAAGCACACAAAUGUUGUUUGAUACAUUCACACUAAUUCGUGAUAGACAACACACACACACUUGUUGUUCAGUGUGAACACACACUAUCUAAUGAAAUACAUACUGGUCCACACACAUUGUUCAGUACAUGCACGUUCUAAAACUCAGUGUUUAAUUAACAUCCCUUCUCUACACUCACACACACACACACACACACACACACACACACACACACACUGCACAUCAGAAAACAUACCGUAUUUAAUUAAGCACACAUAGGCAUUGGGUGUGUGUUUUGCAAAGGCAGAGAGUGAUGUGUUUCAGAGGGAGCGAUGUCAUCUACUUGUUGUACACACUGCACAUUAUAAAUCACAAACUAUUUAAUUGAACACAAACACACAGAUGCAGUGUGUAUCUUGCUAAAAAACAUAGAGCAGUAGUUGCUGUCUCCCUGCUCCAGCUCACUAGGCCCCUGAGGUGACCACAUAUUUGUCUGGUGAGUAAGGAAUGCGGUUACAUGCCUUAGACAUUAGCUAUGACGGAGCACUGGCUCCACAAGAGAGGGAGGGAGUGAGGGAGGAAGAGUGGGAGGGAGGAGGGGAGAGGGGAAGGGCAGGGUCAGAGUCUGAGCUCACGGCAAGUGAGCUCAUUCACCCCCCCGGGCGAGCAAGCGAGGAGAGAGAGAACAACUACGUCAUCCUCUACACAGAGGAGCGGGAGGGAGAGAGAGAGGGAAGCAGGCAGGGAGGGAGGGGGAGAAGUGUGAGCGAAUGAGAGACGGGGAGAGCCAAACAGCACAACAAUAGGGUACUGCUCUUCUGCCUGUGGGCUCACACACACGGAGAGAAGGCACGGAGAGACACACUCAGUAGCAGCUACAGACAGACAGACAUGUACUCUCUUUCUUCUUUCUUCUCUCCAUAGUUAUUCCUUUCAUUAUUCCUCAAAAUACUACUGGACCUCUAUGGCUUUGGUAGAUAUUAUAGGAAAAAUAUGAUUCUUGGUGGAUUUGAACUGAAUGAGUUCUAGAAGUGACUUGUGGAACUUGUGGGCAGUACAUCUACAGAUGUUUGGGAGUAGUUUACUUUCUGGAAGUGGGUUCCAUCCAUUCUCUUGAGUUCGGGGACUAAGGUUCCUUUCCUCCUUGGACUUUGGGAUCUGAGUUUGGACUUGGACUUGGUCACCACCAGUCGGAGUAGAGACAGCUGGGACUUUGUGGUGUGGAAUUUUAGACCUGACCGGCUUUCCCUCUGAAGUUUUUCGGAACAAGUGAUUUGUUUGUUUAGCCGUUCUGCUAACUUUUUCCUGGGGUACUCCUGCGGUCUGGACGGCAGUCAGUGUGUUCCUGAUCUGAGUGCACUAGAACGCGUGUAUGUUGAGCGUGUUGAGGGUGAUGCCUCUGGACGUGGUCAUAGCCCCGGCUGAGGACUGUUUCUGGCCUGUCCUGCAGGAGUCAGACAGGAGGCUGAAGAUCAGAGUCCGCAGGAGCAAGGAGGGGAGGGAGCUACGAGGGGGCUUUGCUGCAUUCUCCUCCUGUUUCCCCGGGCUUUGUGAGAGCAAGCCAGCUCUGCCUAUGAGCAUAUCCCAGCCCUGCCUGCCUGUAGCUAACGUAGGCCCCACACGCAUCCUACCACACCUCUACCUGGGGUCGCAGAAAGACGUCCUCAACAAGGACCUGAUGGUUCAGAAUGGCAUCACGUACGUGCUGAAUGCCAGUAACACCUGUCCCAAGCCUGACUUCAUCAGAGAGAGCCACUUCAUGCGGAUCCCUGUCAAUGACAACUACUGUGAGAAGCUACUGCCCUGGUUGGAGAAAACCAAUGAAUUCAUUGACAAAGCCAAGGUGUCAAACUGCAGAGUCAUUGUGCACUGCCUGGCUGGAAUCUCACGCUCAGCAACCAUCGCCAUCGCAUACAUCAUGAAGACAAUGGGCCUGUCAUCAGAUGAUGCCUACAGGUUUGUGAAGGACCGACGGCCUUCAAUAUCGCCCAACUUCAACUUCCUGGGGCAGCUCCUGGAGUUUGAGAAGGGGCUGCGGCUCCUCCAGGCGCUGUCAGACGACAAGACCUCAGAGGGCAAAGGUCAAUCCCAGGGCUCAGAUGUCAACGGGUUCAGCUCAGGGUCAGAAGUCAAUGGUCACCAUGACUCUUCAUCAAUAGAGCCCCAGACCCCACCAGAACCGAAGCUCCCCUCGCCGACUUCUCUCCAGCAGGGCUUCAACGGCCUCCACCUGUCGGCCGAGCGCAUCCUGGACACUAACCGGCUGAAGCGAUCCUUCUCCCUGGACAUCAAGUCUGUCUACUCCCCCAGCAGCCCCCACUGCCUGUGCCUGGCAGCGCCCACACACUCCGAAGACGUGCCCAAGCUAUGUAAGCUGGACAGUCCCCCUGUCAAUGGUGUCUGCCCUCAGUUCUCCCCUGUCCCAGACAGCCCCAGCUCGGCUGAGUCACCCUUCCCUUCCCCGGGGUGCGGCGGCAGCAUCGGAGGUCUCGACGUUGGGGGUCCCAGUGAGGGGGGCGUUCGUUCUGGUGGUCCAUCAUCGUCCAGGCCCAGGAGGAAAGCCAAGCACAGCCCUGGAUCUGGAUCCACAACCAGUUCCCCGGUACACCCCCAGUCCCUGAGUCUGACUCUGGGACGCUCCUUGCCCGUUCACAAGAGCCCCAGCCUGGACGAGAGCCUGAAGGGCUCCAUGCUUCUCUCUCUGCCCCCCAAAGAGUCCGGAACCAUGUGGACCAAACACAGAGACACAGUCCAGGCCACCACCCCAGUCACACCUGUCACCCCCACUGCCGAUGCCCCCUGGUACUUCGGGGCUGAAGAGGUAGGGGAAGGAGGGAUGGAACUUGGAGGAGAUGGAGGAGGAGGGGUGGAAGUGCGAUUCGGAAGCAGCUCUGCAUACGUGGCGUUCGGUUGUAGCGAGGGGGUGCGGCUACGGGAGAAAGUGCAGCGGGACAAAAGGGCAUCGUCGUCAUCAGCGCCAUUACAGAGGGACUCCACAACGACCGUCGCCAACGGGACGGCCUCCAACAGCACCGAGAAGCAGUUCAAGCGGCGCAGCUGUCAGAUGGAGUUUGAGGAGAGCAUCUCAGAUACGCGUUCCCGGGAGGAGCUGGAGAAGAUGGGGAAGCAGUCCAGCUUCUCUGGCAGCAUGGAGAUCAUCGAGGUGUCCUGACUAACCGCACUCCUGACCACAACCGGCCCACCCAGGGAGGAGGAGAAACGGACCUGAAGGAGGAGGGAGGACAGAGGGGGGAAAUUUACGCUCCCCAAACAGACCGUGUUAAAGACUCAAACUCUGAGAAGACAGAAACACCAGAGAGAUUCCGGGAGUCCCUUAUCUAGCUAGUGUUCCUGGACUAGACAUGGGUUUCAGCAGGCUGUUGAUUUCCUAGGUUACAUUUACAGUUCUACCAACCAAAGCUCUGAAGAGAACAACUACGGGAAAAGACGGAGACUAUAGGGCACUGACACUGAACUAUGAACUGUGAACUAUUUCCUCUGUAUGGUGUCAGUUCAAGAAGAACAGAUCCAUGGGCAAAUCUCAAACCCCCUAUCGUGCACUACUUUUGACCAAAAGUCACCAAAAGUAUAGUGCUAUUUUCAUAAUUGGAUGUCAUUUGAGACAUAGCCAAGUUCUUUCCUCCCAAAGACUUCAAUCCCCAGCAUGCCUCAGUCUGCCCCUCCCUUCAUUUCAAAGACUUCAGCCCCAGAGAACCACAACCCCCAGCAUGGCUCAGUCUGCCCCUCCCUUCAUUACAAAGACUUAGAAAGAGCUCUGUACCCGAGAAAUGCACCACAGCACAAUGCAGAGAGAGACAAUUCAGACUGUCCUAAGAGACUAUACCGGUGGUACUGCAUCAAAACAAUGACGAAUCCUCCAUGUUGGUGUGUCAGCCCAACAUGGUUUACAAAGACUUUGCAGUUUAAGAGGACUCACAGUGACUGAUAAAGACUGGCAUUGUAUUUUCCCGCAAUACUCGUCUGCUUCCUUGUUUCCAGUGUUUAACAGUGUGACUGUUGGGGCGGUGGGGAGGAGAGGAGUUAAGUCUAAGUUACACCCUCCCUGUAGUGGAGUUCAGUACUCGCAUGUCUCACUCCACACCUCCCAAGUAUACCCCACCCCAGCCUCUCAGAGCAUGCUCCAGGGUGGCUGGCGACAGACAGACAAAUACUAUAUAUACUAUAUGAAUAUAUAUAUAGCGAUUUUAAUGGACUUUUAAUCAACAACAAAAAAUCUCAGUUCUGGUUGUACAUUUAUUUGAUCGGUUCAUUCUGGUAAUGAGAAAUAAUAGAAUGUUUUGUGGACUUUUUCCUUUUCCUUUGUUAAUCUCAGUUUUUGUUGUAUGGUAUUUAUGAAACACAUACAACCACACACACACACACACACACUCAUGCACACAAAUCUACAAGCAAGCAAUAUGUGCUGUUCCUUGUUUGGAGGAAGAGUGAUGUAUUGUGGGUUUCAUCUGACGUUGAAAUGCACUUUUCUGUUACUCUUCAAAAACAAGUAUCCCAUCCACAUCCUAAGAGGGUACCAACACCCUCUAACCCUGGGGUGGGAAAACUACAGCUCAUUCAAUCCGGCCCAUGGGAGGUUUCAGUAAAAACAACGAACAAAAUGGGGGUUAAAUUAUUAUUUGGGGUUUAAAAACGACUCCAGGCCACACUUAAAUGUCUACAACUAGAUAGAAUGUUUUUAGAAAUUAUAAUACACCUGUACAUUCUCAAAUAACUGCCCUUUUUCUGGCCCGAAAUAGAUUUUGACAAAGAAAUCGGUUCUCAAAUCUUCUGUGCUACCCUCAGUUGAAUUUCUAAAUCCUGAUGUGGCCUUCGAGCCAAAAUGUUUGCUCACCCCUGCUCUUACGUCUGGUGACAUCACCAGAUGUGUGGUAUGGUGAAGAACAGUCCCUAUGAGCAUGAAAACUUUGAAUUUACAUUGAAAAGAUGUUGAAAAUACAUAUUUGUGGUUGAAAAUACAUUGAAAAUAGGUAUUUUUAGAUGAAUAUACAUUAAAGAAAUAAGUGUUUUCAUCAUCUUAUGUUCACCGAGAUGACUCUUCAGUUGAGUGUAAUUAAGAUGUUAUUUAUUGUGAUUGGGGGCUCCUACAGUUAGUGCAUCUCCUGGGAGACGGUUAAUGUGUGUGAUCGAGAAUGAAGAACUUUAUUCAACCCAGUACUAAAGAGCAGAAUUAUUGUAGGAAGGACUGUUGAUUUCUCCAGGGCUCAUGACAACAACUACCGGUAUAUGCAAGUAGAUCCACACAGUUGACAAUGUUAGAGACAUCCACCUAACACACUGCUCAACUCACUCUUUUGGCUAGUUUCCAAAUAUACACACACACACAUACAGAACUAAACUGUGUUGGGAUAUGAGAGAAGCCCAUAGCUGAAACAAACCCCCACCACACAUACACACACACAGACAUAAACACACAGACACAUAUAGUCACACACAAAGAUAUACCACCACCUUUCGUUUGUUCUCAGGGGAUCUUUCAGUGAGCCACGCCUGGCGCAGGGUACACAAUUGCUUGCACAUCAGCACAAUGCAUGUCACUCCCUCACUAUCUCACUAUCAGUCUGUCGCUCUCACUCUCUUAUUUUCCAAAGGUUUGAUAAAAACAAAACGGAAGGGAUGAAACUAGAACGUGAUUCAGAAUUAAAUUAAUGCUAUUGCUCUGCUGGUGCGAGAUUGUCUAUUUAUUUAUGAUGUACCUAUAUGUGUUUUUUUCUUUUCCUUCGGUUAGCUUUUCUCUAUUGUGACCUUUGACCUAUACCUUUGUGCUGCUGUAAGGUCAGACCUGGAUUUCCUGUGUUUAGUUCUCUGAGGCUUUCCUUCUAGAGUCUCUUUAUUUUUAAAAGAUGUUAUAAUUAUUUUAAAACAUGUUAAGAGAAGAUGCAGGCUGUCCCGAUUGCUAUAAUUGUUGGUUUUGAUGUACUAUUAUUAUUAUUAUUAUUGAUGUUAUGUUGUGUAAAUAGCAAGGUAUCUAAGAAUAUUGAUGAAUUUAGGUACAUUUUUUAAAUAAAAUCCUGAUACCUUAGGCUGCUUGACGCAAAAUACCUCAGGUUUUUCCUUCCUUGUACAUGUUUUGUGAAAAUGAGACAAAAAUACAAAAAUAACAAAAUAUGAACUGUUCUCUGUCUCUGUUUUGGUUUUAGGUGAGUUCAUCUUGGGCUGAUGGUCCCCAUGGGAUAAUUGCAGGACAAAACAGCUAUACCGGCUGGCAUAUGGAUAAAAACCAAGCCAUACAGGCUGACAUAUGGAUAAAAACCAAGCCAUACAGGCUGGCAUAUGGAUAAAAACCAAGCCAUACAGGCUGACAUAUGGAUAAAAACCAAGCCAUACAGGCUGGCAUAUGGAUAAAACCAAGCCAUACAGGCUAGCAUAUGGAUAAAAACCAAGCCAUACAGGCUGGCAUAUGGAUAAAACCAAGCCAUACAGGCUAGCAUAUGGAUAAAAACCAAGCCAUACAGGCUAGCAUAUGGAUAAAACCAAGCCAUACAGGCUAGCAUAUGGAUAAAAACCAAGCCAUACAGGCUAGCAUAUGGAUAAAAACCAAGCCAUACAGGCUAGCAUAUGGAUAAAACCAAGCCAUACAGGCUAGCAUAUGGAUAAAAACCAAGCCAUACAGGCUAGCAUAUGGAUAAAAUCCAAGCCAAACUGUCACGCCCUGACCAUAGAGAGCUUUUUAUUCUCUAUGUUGGUUAGGUCGGGGUGUGACCAGGGUGGGUCAUCUAGGUGAUGUAUAUUUCUAUGUUGGCCUGGUAUGGUUCCCAAUCAGAGGCAGCUGUUUAUAGUUGUCUCUGAUUGUAGAUCAUAUUUAGGCAGUCAUUUCCCCUUUGUGUUUUGUGGGAUCUUGUCUUUGUAUAGUUGCCUGUGAGCACUAUAGCAGCUUCACGUUUCGUUUGUUCGUUUAUUGUUUUGUUUUGCUGUGAGUUUCACAGAGUAAUAAAAAGAUGUGGAACUCAGA